CUUCAUUCCUCUCUCUCUUCCCUCAUUGUUCAAAAGGUUUUCAUUCAAUCAUGGUCCUUUCUAGCGUCCUUGGUUUCCCCCGUAUCGGCGCCAACCGUGAAAUUAAGAAGGCUGUUGAGGCCUACUGGGGUGGCAAGCUCCCGGAGGCCGAGCUGCUCAAGGUCGUCGCUGAGGUGAAGAAGUACAACUGGACGACGAUCAAGGCGCAGGGCGUCGAUCUCAUUCCCAGCGGCGAAUUCACUCUCUAUGAUCAUGUCCUCGACCAUUCCGUCGCGUUCAAUGCUAUCCCCAAGCGCUACCAAGGACAUGGCCUCAGCCUCCUCGAUAUCUUCUUCGCGAUGGGUCGUGGCAGGCAGCAGGGUUCCGUUGAUGUUCCGGCGUGUGAGAUGAAGAAGUGGUUCGAUUCUAACUACCACUUUGUUGUCCCCGAGAUCUUCGAGGGUAUCGACUUCAAGCUCAACUACAACAAGGCCCUCGAUGAGUACAAGGAGGCAAAGGCUGUCGGUGUGACGACCCGCCCGGUUGUUCUCGGCCCCAUCUCCUACCUUGCCCUUGCCAAGGCGUCCCGCGAGGCUUCCGCUGGCUACAGCCCCAUUUCGGCGCUUUCUAAGCUGCUCCCUGUAUAUGAACAGCUCCUGUCUGAGCUCAAGGCUGCCGGUGUCGAGUCCGUCCAGAUCGAUGAGCCCGUCCUUGUGCUUGACUCCGCUGCCGACCUUGCUCAGCAGUACGAGACCGCCUACGCUGCGCUCAGCAAGGUGUCUCCUUCCAUCGUCCUGACAACCUACUUCGGCCGCCUUGGCGACAACCUCAGCUUUGUUAGCAAGCUCCCUAUUGCUGCCCUCCACAUCGACCUCGACCGUGAGCCUAAGCAGCUCGCUGCUGUCGCUAACGCCAUCAAGCCCACCACCCUGCUUCUCUCCCUUGGUCUCGUCUCUGGCCGUAACAUCUGGAAGACCGACUUCGCUUAUGCCAGCACCCUCGCUGAGGAGGCCAUCGCCAUCCUUGGCGAGCAGCGUGUGAUCGUCGCUACUUCCUCGUCCCUUCUUCACACCCCUGUCACCUUGACGAACGAGAAGAAGCUCCCCCUCGAGCAGCUCGACUGGUUCUCCUUCGCCACUGAGAAGGCCGCUGAAGUUGCCACGAUCGCCGCUUCGGUGUCCAAGUCGACUUCGCCUGCUGUUGCUGCUGCCCUUGCCGCCAACAAGGAGUCCAUCGCCAAGCGUCGCGCUUUCGAGAAGAACUCCGAUGAUGCUGUCCGCAAGCGUGUUGCCGCUAUUACGCCCGAGAUGCUCAACCGCCAGAACCCCUUCUCCAUCCGUGUGAAGGCUCAGCAUGAGCACCUCAAGCUGCCCAAGUUCCCCACGACCACCAUUGGUUCCUUCCCCCAGACCAAGGAGAUCCGUACCGCUCGUGCCAAGCUCGGCAAGAAGGAGCUCACCGAGGCAGAGUACAACGAGUUCAUCAAGAAGGAGAUCGAGACUGUUGUUCGCUUCCAGGAGAAGGUCGGCCUCGACAUCCUUGUCCAUGGUGAGCCCGAGCGUAACGACAUGGUUCAGUACUUCGGCGAGCAGCUCCAGGGCUUCGUCUUUACCCAGAACGCCUGGGUUCAGUCCUACGGCUCCCGUUACGUUCGCCCUCCCAUCAUUUGCGCCGAUGUCUCCCGCAAGGGUCCCAUGACCGUCGAAUGGUCCAGCUACGCUCAGAGCCUGACGGACAAGCCCAUGAAGGGCAUGUUGACUGGCCCCGUCACUAUCCUCAACUGGUCGUUCCCUCGUGUUGAUAUCUCUCGCGAGAUGCAGUCCAAGCAGCUCGCCCUGGCUCUCCGUGAUGAAGUCGUUGACCUCGAGAAGGCUGGUAUCUCUGCUAUCCAGGUCGACGAGCCUGCUAUUCGUGAGGGUCUUCCUCUUCGCCGUGUUGACUGGGAUGGCUACCUCAAGUGGGCUGUGGACUCCUUCCGCCUGUCGACGGCCGGUCUUACCGACAAGACCCAGGCUCACUCCCACUUUUGCUACUCCGACUUCAACGAUAUCUUCCCCUCCAUCCUCGCCCUCGAUGCUGAUGUCAUCUCCAUCGAGGCGUCGAAGAGCGACAUGAAGCUGCUCAACGCCUUCAAGGAGUUCAGCUACUCCAACGAGAUCGGGCCCGGUGUCUACGACAUCCACUCGCCUCGUGUUCCCAGUGUCGAGGAGAUCAAGGAGCGCAUCACCGGCAUGCUCCAGUUGAUCCCCGACAACCUGCUUUACAUCAACCCUGACUGCGGUCUCAAGACUCGUGGCUGGAAGGAGACUGAGGCUGCGCUUGCCAACAUGGUUGAGGCUGCCAAGUGGGCGCGCCAGACCUACGCCUGAUCUCCUUUUCUGCUACGCUUCAACAGCAUAUGCAUCUCCGUAUUGACGGGAUGCUCUUGUGUAUGCUAUGGCGCUCAACGCGCCCAGAACUCGCUAUAGCCCUUCGGGUUGAGUUGGAUGGGCGGCUCUUGUGCGCUUAUUCGCCGGCCAAGUGGCUGUCGUGGCGGCUAUGGCUAUGACUAGAUAGACCGAUGAAGCGCAUUGGAUGAUUGAUGUGAUUGCGCCCAGAAAAAUGCGAUAAUACAUGCUGAUAGUAACUCA